UCGUCGGAUUGGGUGGUCGUGGAGGAUUUUUCAGGCCGCGUUUAACUUCGAAGGGGAAAAACAACCGGUGAAAAAAAAGUAAUCAACUCAGAUAUUUGUGAUUUGCGGGUCCGUGGAUUAUUGUUACAAAGCGUGGCUGUCUAAUUGAAAUUCAAAUUUUUCGCAAAGUGGAUUCGAACGAGUGAACUGUGCGUGUGGGUGUGUGGGAUUGGUGGCCUUUGGAGUUGACCGAAAAAAAACUCGAGUCCAGGUCAAACCAAGCUUAGUUAAUUGGCAGUUUAUGGAAAUCAUUAUUUUUGGGGUUCGCGUGUUUUAUACAAGUACCAAGUACCCGCCCGAAGCGGUAGAAUAGAGGAGAAGAACUUUUUUGCGCACGCUGUCACGUUCGUGCUGGAAGCGAUUUUUCCCCAUUGAAAGUGUUGCAUAUUUUUGUGAUCUCAUUCCCAUCGCGGAUCAGCGGCGGCCUCUUUGCUGGAAGGUGCAGACGAACAGACCCUAACCGAAACACCGUCUGCCACAUAAUGGCUAUUGAUGCAGUUUUUCGAAAGCUGGUCACCUGUGCCCUGGUGGCCUCGCUGGCAUUCAAUCAGCCGAGCUCGUGUGCCAGUUUAUCUGGCGAAAGUACCGUUGGUGGUGGUGGUGGUGGUGGAUCGUCGUCGUCGUCGCUGUCGUCAUCACAGCUGGCCCAGGGGUCUCCGACGCUGGGUAGUUUGUAUCGAAGCACCCGGGAUGAGUACGGCCGGUAUGGCCGUGAUCAGCGGUGUGGAGGUUGCGGUGGUGGUGGUGGCUAUUCCGAUCGGGACAUGAGGUCGUUCGGUGGUAGACCGGGUGGAGUCUACGGGUUCUACAGUGGCCGGGGAUCGAUUUAUGACGACCGGAAUUGGUACUACAGACCGGACGCGUUCGAAGAUCGGGCUGGUUAUCGGGGCGGCGAUGGGUAUUACUCGAUGAGGCCCGGCUACAUGGGCAUGAUGAUGGGCUAUGACGAUCGCUACAUGAACCGUAACGAUGACCGAUACUAUCCGAUGUCGACACGCGGUUAUUAUGACAAUCGCGGAGGUGGCACGGCUGGUUAUUAUCCACCGGCGGAGAUGGGAAUGCGACCGGGAGGUUACGGUUACAGGGGUAAUGGGUACGAUAAUCUAGAUCCGCUGUAUGAUCAUUACAUGAUGGUUGCCCGCGGAGGUGGCCAACCAGCUGCAGGAGCCAAUUAUAAUCGGGAUCGCUAUUACGGAACAUCCGGUGGAUACGGUGGUGGUUAUGAUGAUCGCAACCGCGGCGGCUACGGGUAUGACAACAAGAACUUCCGGCCAUGGGAUGAAACGUACAGAGGAACUUCCGGUUUUGAUAAUUCUGGACGUGGUUAUUAUUUUGCAAGUCGCCCACCAAGUUCAGCACCAUCAUCUGCACCUGACGCACACCACCACCAUCAGCAAUAUCCGUCACCACCCUCUUCACCACCAUCAUCAUCAUCAUCCUCCUCGCACUACCACCACCAGUCCGGGUACCCAACGGGACCAGCCGGAACAUACGCAAGUCAACCUAUCGGAUUUCACCACAGCAGUGGACCGGAUCGACCGGACUCGGCCCCAGCCAGUGGAGGCAACCGGCCGUGCUGUGCCGAGUGCUGUUCGCCGGGCUCCAGUAGGUAUCCUCCGGGACCGGCAGGACCCACCGGCACUGGUGCCGGUUAUAAUCAACCUCAUCACCACUACCAGCAGCAACAACCACCGCCACAACCACCCCCACAACAACCAGCGUCUUCGCAGUACGGUGGCGGCGAACGACCCGACCAUCAUGGCCGACCAGGAGCUUGGAACUAUCUGAGCGGUGGUAGUGGUGCCAGUGCCAGCGGUGGUGGUGGAGGAGGAGGAGGAGGUGGUGGUCAAGACUACCAUCAGGCUUCCUCGGCGGCCGGAGGUUCGUCAUAUGCACAACAAUCCAACCAGGACUACGGCAAUCGAGGCGGAUACCAUCGGCCGGGAGGGGAUGAUCGGCAGCAAAACACUGCCUAUAGUCCACGUCCCCGCCCGUCCAGCCUAGGAUCCACCAGCUACCUCCUGGAUCGAGACAGUGGUGCCAUCGCCAGUGAACUUCAGGCCGCAGCGACAAACGAUCAACUUAAUGACAGUGAUUCAAAUUCAUCCAAUGACCAGAACAACAAUAGCAACAGCGCAGGAAAAGCAGGCGAUGAAAAACCUUCGGAAAGAUAAUGAUUUCUUCUCAGACGGACACAGUUGACUAAUGGAAUUUAAAUCCCAGCGGAACGAACAAUGGACUUGGUGAGAAAAAGGAACAUGAUUAGGCUAGUGGACGAAAAA